AUGGGUGUUUUUAUUUUUGCAGUGGUGUCCAUUUUAACCGCCAUUCAGGUUACAGCCAUCGAAAUGAGAUGGUUCAAUGCCUUUGUGUUUCCGACAAACAAUCUUGCCACAAUUUCAAAAGGCAAUCUUAAUCUAGGCAAGUUGGGAACCAUCCGAACACUUUGCUGGAAAGAUUGUCUCGCCCAUAGACCGGUGGCAAAGGAAUUACCAAGUACAAAUGAGACUACGCGUAGUAUGUUUCUCAACGGGCACCGGCCCCAGGAGAACGAUCUGACCGUUCCUACUGGAUCCAUAAAACUAAGAAUACCUAGUCAUGAUCACAGCCUCGGCCUACGUAAAUUUAGAGCGUCUUUCGCCGCCUCUCUUUCGACUUGGCGCAGAUUUGAUUCAAAGCUUAGCCAUAGCUCGAUGAUUACAUCUUUAUUGACUCCUAUCCCGCAUGCGAUAAAUUCAUCAACUGAAGAAUGGGGCCACAAGAUAAAACCCCUAUACACUGUUCCUUCUUCAAGGUUUCUGUAUCAAGUGCCAGAUCUAGUUCAUGAUGACUUCAAGAAAACUAGCCGCCUAAUCACUGGUACAAACUUUCAAUCAGAAACUGAUGCAAAGGGAAUUGCCUCAUGUUUUACCAUAUUUAAUGACCUUUUCAUGAAAGAUAAAACCCUGUUAAAGAGAUAUUGGAUAAUUCGCUCAUCUAAUUUUCAGUCUUUCAAAAGAAUCCCAUCCAAGGUGUCGUUGGACGAAAUGGAGAGGUCUCAGAGCUAUAUUGGUGUCGGCGAAACGGAAUUGAAGAAUCCUACAUCGUACGCGCUAAAUACGACUAGAACUUUAAGUAGUGACUCCGGUAGGGAAGUAGCAGCUCUCUGUGCAGUGGGUGCUGCCGUUCUUUUCGCCGCUGCGCUUGUCUGUUAG